ACCCCCCCAAAACAAGCAGCACCAGCUCUGGCUAACAACAGUGUGAGCAGUACCAUGGUGUGAGGAACCGCUGUCAGUUUUCCUUCUUCACCAACAAUGUGUGAAAACUGCGCCGAGCUGCUGGAGGUUCUGAAUCAAAUAUCAGAUGCAGACGGCAGCGAAGGUGGUUUCCAGCUGAAGAAGGAACAUGCUGUGCGAGUUCUGGGCUACAUCAGUUCCUGGACUCAGAGACAAUGUCUCUGCUGCUUCAAAGAGUACAAGCACCUUGAGGUUUUCAACCAGCUGGUGUACGCCCUCAUUAACCUGGUCAUCAGUCAGAUCAGCAGUCUAAGAGACCGUCUGUGCAGUGUCCAGGACCGCGUUCAUGCACGGGAGGGUCCUGGCCCUGAAUGGAGCAGCGGGGUCCAGGCAGCCAUCAGGCCAUCCUCCUGUGGCGAGGACGAGCCUGUGAAUGUGGAAAGAGACUCUGCAGAAGAGGACGCUGAUACACCAGAUUUAACCCAGACUGUGAGCCAGAACCAGGUGCAACCCAAGCCCAGCCCACCUGUUGAUUGCCAGGUGGACGAGAUUGUGUCUGGGGGCAGCAUUGGGUGUGAAGGCGAUGGGGGCGGCUGCAGCACUGAGGGUCAGGACCUGUUCAGCUCGUGGAGCACAGAAGAGAGGGAAAAACUGCUGCUGUGUGCUGCUAAGAUUUUUCAGAUCCAGUUCCCUCUUUAUACGGCCUACAAACACAACACACACCCUACGAUAGAGGACAUAUCGGCUCAUGAAAGCACCAUUCUGGGCUCCUUCUGCGACAUGAACGACGUGGAGGUUCCCCUGCAUCUGCUGCGUUACGUCUGCCUGUUCUGUGGGAAACACGGACUCUCUCUGAUGAAGGAAUGCUUCGAAUCGGGUACCCCAGAGAGCCUCCCCUUCCCCAUCGCCCACGCCUUCAUCACUAUUGUCUCCAACAUCAGAAUCUGGUUGCACAUCCCAGCUGUCAUGCAGCACAUCAUCCCCUUUCGCACUUACGUGAUUCGGUACUUGUGUAAGCUCUCCGACCAGGAGCUGCGACAAAGUGCAGCUCGUAACAUGGCUGACCUGAUGUGGAGCACAGUGAAAGAACCACUAGACAGCGCUCUUUGCUUUGAUAAAGAGAGUCUGGAUCUGGCCUUCAAGUACUUCAUGUCCCCGACGCUCACCAUGAGGCUGGCAGGUCUCAGCCAGAUCACUAAUCAGCUGCACACGUUCAACGAUGUCUGCAACAACGAGUCCCUGGUUUCUGACACAGAAACCUCCAUAGCUAAGGAACUGGCUGACUGGUUGAUCCACAACAAUGUGGUUGAGCACAUUUUUGGCCCUAAUUUGCACAUAGAGAUCAUUAAACAAUGCCAAGUGAUCCUGAAUUUCUUGGCUGCAGAGGGCCGACUCAGCACUCAGCAUGUGGACUGUAUUUGGGCUGCAGCUCAGCUGAAACAUUGCAGCCGAUACAUCCACGACCUUUUCCCUUCACUGAUCAAAAACCUGGACCCUGUUCCUCUACGUCAUGUUCUCAACCUGGUCUCUGGUCUGCACCCCAGCACACACACAGAACAGACUCUGUACCUGGCCUCUCUGCUCAUCAAGGCUCUGUGGAACAAUGCUUUGGCAGCCAAGGCCCAGCACUCCAAACAGAGCUCCUUUGCUUCCCUGCUCAACACCAACAUCCCCAUGGGCAACAAGAAAGGUUCUCCAGCUGCUAGUCCAGAUAGCAGUGACAACAGUGACACACAGCACAGUGGCGGCAGUGACAUGGAGAUGGAUGAACAGAUGAUGAGUGGGAGUAAGAGGAGUCAGCAGAGACUGUCGGAUACAGAGGAGUCGAUGCAGGGCAGCUCGGAUGAGACGGCCAACAGCGUGGAGGAAGGCAGCAGCGGGCCGGGCAGCAGCAGUGGACGCAGCGAGGCCUCGAGCAACGAGGCUCCGUCCAGUAGAGCCAGUCAGUCGGCCGGUAGCCCUGGCAGUGAGAUGCACUCGGACGACAUGGCUGACAGUGAGGUCCUAAAGGAGGAGGAGGAAGACGAAGAUGACGAAGAGGAAGAUGAGGAGGAGGACGACGACGAUGAUGACGAUGAUGAGGAGGAGGAUGAAGUUGAGAGCAACAAGCAUGCAGCAGAUGGUGGUCAGCCCAGGGAGCUGCGGGAACAAGCAGAGUCGAGGAAAAGAAAGGCUGGGGAGGCCCUCGGUGAGGCCUUGAGUCAGGUCGUGGGGCCCAGUGAUGCAGGGGGAGGAGCCAAACCCAAAGUGCUGCAGUUUAACAACCCAGAGACUUCUGCUGCUAUGGUUGCAGCAGCUUCAGCAUCCUUGGAAGGACGCUUGAGAAUGCUGGACGCUUCUUCAGCAUCAUCGUCUACACGGCCCGAGGCUGUGGAGCCUCAGCAGCAAAAGUCAACAGAUAUUGGCCCUCCCCAAGUAGUUCAAGGCACACAGGAGCCUCCCUGUUUACCCCGGCCUGGAGACUUUUUAGGAGAAGCCAUGGGCAGUGAACUUUUUAACUGUAGACGCUUCCUGGGUCCACACCACCAUCAUCACCACCACCAUCAUCACCAUCAUCAUCACCACCACCAUGAAGGGCCAACGAUGGAGGACAUGCUGAGCGCUGAUGAUGUCAGCUGUAGCAGCUCCCAGGUCAGCGCCAAGUCGGAGAAAAACAUGGCUGACUUCGAUGGUGAGGAGUCGGGCUGUGAGGAGGAGCUUGUUCAGAUCAACUCCCAUGCUGAGCUCAGUUCACACCUCCAGCAGCACCUCCCCAACCUGGCCUCCAUCUACCAUGAGCACCUGGUGCAAGGUCCAGCUGUUCAUAAACACCAGUACUCUGGCAGCAGCAGCAGUGGCCACAAUAUGAACGACAUCAACCUGGACAACGUCUGUAAGAAAGGCAACACUCUGCUGUGGGACCUGGUGCAGGACGAGGAUGCGAUCCAUCUGUCUGAGGGUCUGAUCAACGAAGCAGAGAAGCUGCUGUGUUCACUGGUGUGCUGGUUCACCGACAGGCAGAUACGAAUGCGUUUUAUCGAAGGCUGUCUUGACAAUCUGGCCCACCACCGGUCGGUUGUUGUUUCUUUACGACUACUCCCUAAACUUUUCGGCACUUUUCAGCAGUUCGGCUCAAGCUACGACACUCAUUGGAUCACUAUGUGGGCAGAGAAAGAGCUGCACAUGAUGAAACUGUUCUUCGACAACCUCCAGCAGUACAUCCAGGACGUACGUGAAAACAGGCACAAGUUCUCACUGUACAGCCACAGUGCUGAGGUCCAAGUUCGGCUGCAGUUCCUCACCUGCGUCUUCUCCACACUGGGAUCUCCAGAUCACUUCAGACUGAGUCUGGAGCAGGUGGACAUCCUGUGGCACUGUCUGGUGGAAGACUCAGAGUGCUAUGAUGAUGCCUUGCACUGGUUCCUCAAUCAGGUCCGCAGCAAAGACCAGCAUGCCAUGGGCAUGGAGACAUACAAACACCUGUUUCUGGAGAAGAUGCCUCAGCUUAAGCCUGAAACCAUCAGCAUGACGGGCCUAAACCUCUUCCAACACCUGUGUAAUCUGGCCAGGCUUGCCACCAGCACCCUGGAAAGCGCCUCUAGCUGCGAGCUCUGCGGGAUGGACCAGCUGUGGGGAAUCGCUCUGAGAGCCCAGUCUGCUGACAUCAGCCGGGCUGCCAUUCAGUACAUCAACUCUUAUUACAUUAACGGAAAGACGGGCCUGGAGAAAGAGCAAGAAUUCAUCAGAAAGUGUAUGGAGAGUCUGCUCAUGGCAUCUGCCAACCUGGACAAGGAUGCUCAGUCCAGUCUGACCAGCAUCGAGAGAGGAUUGCUUAUGCUCAAGACUCACCUGGAAGCUUUCAGGCGAAGGUUUGCGUAUCAUCUGCGACAGUGGCAGAUUGAAGGCACAGGAAUUAGCAGCCACCUGAAAGCUCUGAGUGACAAGCAGUCGCUGCCCCUCAGGAUUGUGUGUCAGCCCGCCGGCCUCCCUGACAAGAUGACCAUUGAGAUGUAUCCGAGUGACCAGGUGGCAGACCUGCGAGCCGAGGUGACCCACUGGUACGAGAACCUGCAGAAGGAGCAGAUGAACCAGCAGGCUCAGCUGCAGGAGUUUGGCCAGAGUAGUCGUCAGCAGCAACAACAACAACAACAACAGCAGCAGCAGCCACAGCAACAACAACAACAACAACAACAACAACAGGCAGAUUUCCCAGGAGGUCUAAUGGGACCUGUCAGGAUGAUCUCCUCUGGUCAUGAACUCACCACUGACUAUGACGAGAAGACUCUUCAUGAGCUUGGCUUCAAGGACAUGCAGAUGGUGUUUGUUUCUCUUGGAGCCCCCCGCAGGGAGAGGAAGGGCGAGGGUGUCCAGCUCCCAGCCUCCUGUCUGCCUCCCCCUCAGAAGGAGCACAUCCCCAUGCUGCUCCUCCUGCAGGAGCCGCACCUCACUACACUCUUUGAUCUGCUGGAGAUGCUGGCUUGCUUUAAACCUCCGAGUCCAAGCAGUGAUAAGAAGGUCCAUGAAAGUCCAGAGAGUACAAGGUGUGAGGAGCUUCACCUUCACGCAGAGAAUCUGUCUCGUCGGGUGUGGGAGCUGCUGAUGCUUCUUCCUACAUGUCCCAAGAUGCUGCAGGCUUUUCAGAACAUCUCGGAUGACACGGCUGGGGAGGGUCUGUGCUGGAAGGAACUGUUGAGGAUCAAAAGUCCACACAAGCUGCUGUAUGCUCUGGAGAUCAUUGAGGCCCUGGGAAAGCCUAACAGACGCAUCCACAGAGAGUCCACAGGCAGCUACAGCGACCUGUAUCCAGACUCUGACGACUCUAGUGAGGAUCAGAUCGAGAACAGCAAAAAUACCUGGAGCUGUAAGUUUGUUUCUUCUGGAGGUCUGCAGCUGCUGCUGGAGAUUUUCAACUCUGGCAUCCUGGAGCCCAAAGACCAGGAGUCAUGGACUGUGUGGCUUCUCGACUGCCUGGCCUGUCUUCUCAAGCUCAUCUGCCAGUUUGCUGUGGAUCCUGCAGACCUCGACCUGGCCUACCACGAUGUCUUCUCAUGGUCUGGGCUUGCUGACAGUCAGAGGAAACGAGCAUGGCCGGGCAAAUCCCGCAAGUCGUCUGUGGAGCACGGGAAAGUCCUGCACAUACCUCGACUCACAGAGGUUUUUCUAAGCCUUGUCCAAGGCACCAGCCUAAUCCAGAGACUGAUCAAUGUGGCGUAUACCUACGACAACCUGGCACACAGAGUUCUGAAGGCUCAGUCUGACCACAGGUCCAGACAUGAAGUGACUCACUACUCCAUGUGGCUGCUGGUGAGCUGGGCUCACUGCUCGUCCACAGUCAAGUCCAGUCUGGCUGACAGCGAACACCUUCACGACUGGCUGAAGAAGCUCACACUGCUGGUGCCAGAGCCUGCAGUGAGACACGAGGCUUGUAACGGACUCUACAAGCUGUCGCUGUCAGGUCUGGAGGGAGGAGAGUCCAUCAACAGGUCCUUUCUGCUGCUCGCUGCCUCCACGCUGCUCAAGUUCCUGCCGGAUGCUCAGGCCCUCAAGCCACUGAGGGUGGAGGAUUAUGAGGAGGAGCCUCUGCUGAAAACAGGCUGUAAAGAAUAUUUCUGGCUGCUCUGUAAACUCAUCGACAACAUCCACGUCAAAGACACCAGCCAGACCACCCUGCUGGAUCUCGACUCUUUGGCUCGUCACCUCGCUGACUGCAUCAGGAGCCGUGAGAUUCUAGACCAGCAGGAUGGGACCAUCGAGGACGAUGGUCUGACGGGCUUGCUGCGUCUGGCCACCAGCGUCCUCAAGCACAAGCCUCCCUUCAAAUUCUCCCGUGAGGGUCAGGAGUUCCUCCGCGACGUUCACAACCUCCUGUUCCUGCUGCCCAGCCUCGCCGACCGCUCCCAGCCCAAGUGCAAAUCCCACUCGGCCCGUGCUGCAGCCUACGACUUGCUGGUGGAGACGGUGAAGGGCUCCGUGGAGAACUACAGGCUGCUGCACAACUGGGUGAUGUCUCAGCACAUGCAGGCCUCUCACGCACCAUACAAGUGGGACUACUGGCCGCAUGACGAUGUCCGGGCUGAGUGCCGCUUUGUUGGUCUGACCAACCUGGGAGCCACAUGUUAUCUGGCCUCUACCAUCCAGCAGCUAUACAUGAUCCCUGAGGCCCGACAGGCUGUUUUCACUGCCAAGUAUGCUGAGGAUAUCAAACACAAGACCACACUGCUGGAGCUGCAGAAGAUGUUUACUUAUCUCAUGGAGAGCGAGAGAAAGGCCUACAACCCUCGGCCCUUCUGUAAGACCUACACGAUGGACAAACAGCCUCUGAACACCGGAGAGCAGAAGGACAUGACGGAGUUCUUCACUGACCUCAUCACCAAGAUUGAGGAGAUGUCACAAGAGCUGAAACACACAGUGAAGACACUGUUUGGAGGCGUCAUCACCAAUAAUGUGGUUUCUCUGGACUGCGAGCAUGUGAGUCAGACUGCUGAGGAGUUCUACACAGUCAGAUGUCAGGUGGCAGACAUGAAGAACAUAUAUGAGUCUUUGGAUGAAGUGACAAUCAAGGACACACUAGAGGGCGACAACAUGUACACCUGCUCCCAGUGUGGCAGGAAGGUCCGCGCUGAGAAAAGAGCCUGUUUCAAGAAGUUGCCACGGAUCCUGAGCUUCAACACCAUGCGCUACACCUUUAACAUGGUGACCAUGAUGAAGGAGAAGGUCAACACGCACUUCUCCUUCCCCCUGAGGCUGGACAUGACGCCCUACACUGAGGACUUUCUGAUGGGAAAAGGAGAGAGAAAAGACGGUUUUCGGGAGGAAUCCGAGCCAAAGGUGACAGAAAGCUACGAGUACGAUCUGAUCGGCGUUACUGUGCACACAGGCACGGCGGACGGCGGCCAUUACUACAGCUUCAUCAGAGACAUUGUCAACCCACACGCUUACAAGAACAACAAAUGGUACCUGUUUAACGAUGCUGAAGUGAAGCCCUUUGACUCGGCUCAGCUGGCCUCUGAGUGUUUUGGAGGAGAAAUGACAACUAAAACCUACGACUCUGUCACUGACAAAUUCAUGGAUUUUUCCUUUGAGAAGACUCACAGCGCCUACAUGCUUUUUUACAAGAGGGUGGAGCUGGAGGAAGAGAACGGCAAAGACUUCAGCUUUCACGUCUCCCCCGACCUGUUGGAGUGGAUUUGGCACGACAACAUGCAGUUUCUUCAAGACAAGAACAUCUUUGAACACACAUAUUUUGGCUUCAUGUGGCAGCUGUGCAGCAGCAUCCCCAGCACACUACCUGACCCUAAAGCAGUUUCACUCAUGACGGCCAAGCUUAGCACAUCAUUUGUUCUGGAGACUUUCAUUCACUCUAAAGAAAAGCCCACCAUGCUGCAGUGGAUUGAACUCCUGACUAAACAGUUCAAUAACAGCCAGGCCGCCUGCGAGUGGUUUUUGGACCGGAUGGCUGAUGAUAACUGGUGGCCAAUGCAAAUUCUCAUCAAGUGUCCAAAUCAAAUCGUCAGACAGAUGUUCCAGAGGUUGUGUAUUCAUGUCAUACAGAGGCUGCGACCGGUUCACGCCCAUCUCUACCUGCAGCCUGGAAUGGAAGACGGUUCUGACGACAUGGACGGCGCAGUGGAGGACAUCGGCAGCCGAUCGUGUGUCACCCGCUUUGUUAAAACUCUUCUGUCCAUCAUGGAGCAUGGAGUCAAACCCCACAGCAAACACCUGACCGAAUACUUUGCCUUUCUCUACGAGUUCGCCAAAAUGGGAGAGGAAGAGAGUCAGUUCUUGCUGUCACUACAAGCCAUAUCCAUUAUGGUGCAUUUCUACAUGGGAACCAAAGGUCCUGAGAAUCCACAGGUGGAAGUGCUGUCAGAGGAGGAGGGAGAAGAGGAGGAUGAAGAGGAGGACAUCCUGUCUCUGGCAGAGGAGAAAUAUCGCCCUGCUGCUCUGGAGAAGAUGAUCGCUCUCAUCGCUUUGCUGGUGGAACAGUCUCGCUCUGAGAGACACCUGACUCUGUCUCAGAGCGACAUGGCAGCUUUGACAGGAGGGAAAGGUUUUCCAUUCCUUUUCCAGCACAUCAGAGACGGGAUCAACAUCCGGCAGACUUGUAACCUGAUCUUCAGCCUGUGUCGAUACAACAACAGGCUGGCCGAACACAUCGUGUCCAUGCUCUUCACCUCCAUUGCUAAGUUGACUCCUGAGGCUGCUAAUCCUUUCUUCAAGUUGCUGACCAUGAUGAUGGAGUUUGCAGGUGGACCUCCUGGGAUACCGUCCUUUGGCUCCUACAUCCUACAGAGGAUCUGGGAGGUGACACCUUUUAACCCGUCUCAGUGUCUGGACUGGCUGGCCGUCCAGACACCACGCAACAAACUGGCCCACAGCUGGGUCCUGCAGAACAUGGAGAACUGGGUGGAGCGCUUUCUGCUGGCCCACAACUACCCCAGAGUCCGGACCUCGGCAGCCUACCUCUUGGUCUCACUGAUCCCCAGUAACUCCUUCCGUCAGAUGUUCCGCUCCACCCGCUCCCUGCAGCUGCCAACCCGUGAGCUCCCCCUAUCGACUGAUACCACCCUGGUUCUGCACCAGGUCUACAACCUGCUGCUCGUUCUACUGAGCAGAGCCAAGCUCUACGUGGAUGCCAGUGUUCACGGCACCACCAAGCUGGUGCAGUACUUCAGCUUCAUGACCUACUGCCUCAUCUCCAAGACAGAGAAGCUCAUGUUCUCCACCUACUUCAUGGACUUGUGGAACCUCUUCCAGCCCAAACUGUCAGAACCCGCCAUCGCCACCAACCACAACAAGCAGGCGCUGUUGUCAUUCUGGUACAACGUGUGCGUGGAAUGUCCUGAGAAUGUGCGCCUGGUGGUGCAAAACCCCGUAGUGACCAAGAACAUUGCCUUCAACUAUAUUUUGGCGGAUCAUGACGACCAGGAGGUGGUGCUCUUCAACCGUGGAAUGCUUCCUGCCUACUACGGCAUCCUGCGCCUGUGUUGCGAGCAGUCACCCGCCUUCACCCGCCAGCUCGCUUCCCACCAGAACAUUCAGUGGGCCUUCAAGAACCUGACGCCUCAUGCAAGCCAGUACCCCGGGGCGGUGGAGGAGCUCUUCAACUUGAUGCAGCUGUUUGUGACUCAGCGUGGUGACAUGAGAGAAGAGGAGCUGGAAGAUGUGAAGCAGUUUAAGAAGACCACAAUCAGCUGUUACCUGCGCUGCCUGGAUGGACGCUCCUGCUGGACCACUCUGAUCAGUGCCUUCAGGGUUUUGCUGGAGAACGACGAGGACCGUCUGCUGGUGGUCUUCAACAGAGGACUCAUCCUCAUGACUGAGUCCUUUAACACACUGCACAUGAUGUACCAUGAGGCCACAGCCUGUCAUGUGACAGGAGACCUGGUGGAGCUGCUCUCCAUCUUUCUGUCUGUCCUGAAAGCCACACGGCCGUACCUACAGCGCAAAGAUGUGAAGCAGGCUCUGAUUCAGUGGCAGGAGAGAAUCGACUUCGCCCACAAGCUUCUCACCUUACUGAACUCCUACAGCCCACCAGAGCUCCGAAAUGCCUGCCUGGACGUUUUGAAGGAGCUGGUUCUGCUGAGUCCUCACGACUUCCUGCACACACUGGUUCCCUUCCUGCAGCACAACCACUGCACGUACCAUCACAGCAGCAUCCCCAUGUCGUUGGGUCCUUACCUUCCCUGCAGAGAGAACAUCAAACUGAUGGGAGCUAAGAACAACAUCCGCCCUCCCAGGCCAGAGCUUAACAUGUGUCUGCUGCCCUCUAUGGUAGAGAGCAGUAAGGGUAAAGACGAGGUGUAUGACCACAUGCUGCUGGAUUACUUCCUGUCCUACCACCAGUUCAUCCACCUCCUCUGUCGAGUCGCAAUUAACUGUGAAAAAUUUAAUGACACGCUCAUCAAACUUAGUGUGUUGAUUGCAUAUGAAGGACUGCCUCUUCACUUGGCUCUCUUCCCUAAACUGUGGACAGAGUUGUGUCAGUCACAGUCAGUUCUGGCUAAAACCUGCGUAAAGCUGCUUUGUGACGACCCGGCCUUUAACGAGUACAUCAAGUGCAUUCUGAUGGACGAGAGAACCUUUCUCAACAACAACAUGGUCUAUUCCUUCCUCACGUACUUCCUUCAUAAGGUCCAGGUUCUGUCUGGCCCCAGCUGCUCCAACCUGAUUGGUGUUCUGGUCUCCAAUCUGUUGGGUGAACACAGCAGCCUUCAGCCAGAGCUGAUGAUACAGAGCCAGGAGCUGAAGAAGAAAAGCAGCGUGCUCAAUGCUGACCUGAGGGCACUGGUGCUGCUCCUGUCCAUCCAGCCUCCUCAGGCCCUUGACCCCGCCCUGUGCCCCGCCCUCCAGGAGCUGCUGAGCCGCUGCCGCAUCUGUGUUCAGCAACGCAAUGCAACUUUGGAACUGGAGGCGAAGGAGCACAAGGCUAAAGAGGAUGAAGACGUGACUCCAGUCAAGCGUCGGAGGGUGAGCAGCGACGAUGAUCGAGGUGCGGACCCCUCAUCCUCUCUCUGCGUGGCCUCCUCCUCCUCUUCCUCCUCUUCUUGCUCCUCCUCUGUUGUCCCAUCCUGCAGCGAGCCCAAGCCCGACCACCAGGAGGCACUGACUCCAACUAGCACCUCCGACACUGAGACUCGAGAUUCGUCCUCUCUAAUUGACCCAGGCACCGAGCAGGACCCGCCCUCCCCCGACCCUGUCCCUGCCUCCUCUACGAACCUAGAUUCCUCCCCCAAAGAGGAGAAGAUGGACUCCUCUUCGUCUUGCUCUUCCUCCUCCCUUUUGCAGGAGGCCACAGAGGAACAGGAAGGGGGAGUUGGCGACGCAGUCAUGACAUCAUGUUCCUCAGAGCUGGAGAGGCCAGGGGAGGGUGAGGUGGCAGCUGCUAAGAGCGAACGGGGCGAUGAGGCUCCGCCCCUCUCAGAAGACACGCCUUUACCUUCAGGCUUGGGGCUUGUGGGAGAGGAGUCUGAUGUUCACACCCCUAAUUCUGCCCAAACAUCUGGGAGCUCCGCCCUCUCAGUGGACACACUGGACAUGCUGUACAGGACGGUGGAGGCCACCAUCGCCAUUGUCAGCAAACUGUCAGUUCAAGGCCCGCCCUCCUCAUGACAUCAUCAACUCCAUCAUGACAUCACCAUCACAGAAAACAAUUUCAUUUAAUUUUUAACUUCAGCUUAUUUUUCUGCUUCUGUUUCCCCUGUUCUGUAUUUCCAGCUCUUUCUGGUUUUACACCGUUCUUUGUUUUUAAAUUUUUCUGGCCAACUUUUCCUCCUCUCUGUACAUUUCCUCCUUAUAUCUUCAUCUUUUAUCACUUCCUCUUCCUCCUGUCGUCUCUGUGCUGAUCUUUUUGACUUCAUUAGUCUCUAGUCUUUUAUUUUUUCACUGUCACCUGUCGGCUAUAAAGCAUAGAGUCACUCAUGAAUUGAAGUACAGAAAUAUUGGACAGCACAUUUUUAAAGGGCAAACUCAAAAAGUUGUGUGUGUGUGCGUGUGUGUGCGUGUGUGUGCGUGUGUUUUAUACUGAAUAGAAUUUUCGGUUGAUUUUAUUUGAGUUUUUUUUUUCUUGCUGUAAUGGGGAAAGGUUUACACACGACUGGAGUCACUCUGUCUCUAAUUUAAUUUUAUUGCAUUUUUUUACAGCAUUUUUUGUCCUCCGUGCCACUUUUGUACUUUUACCCUCGAGGCAGAAAAAAAAAAGUUGCCUUGACCUUUCUGUGGUUUAUUGAUCCAGAAAUUAAGUUUACCUGUAAAAUACGAAGAAGAACCAUGGAGAAAACUUGAUUCUGUAAAGAAUCAUCUCUAGUUGUUGCCUGAAGGUGUAAAUGAAAACAAUAUAAAUAUAUAUAAAUAUAUAUAUAAAUAUCUUUAUAUAUAUAUAUAAAUCUAUGAAAGCGGUGCUUUAUUGGACUGUGAUUGAAAUAAAGCAGCCAUUGUUGGACCAGCUGCAGCUUUUUAUUUUCAUUGGUACAUUCCAUCACCUGCUGUUUGUUCUUCCUCUGCUGAUUUUAUUUUAAUACAGAUUUAUUAAUAAAAGAAUAAAACAUCAUUUCUUACAUGCAGAGUUCUGAAAUGAAACUUAAGAUUUUUUUUUUCUUUUUCCCUGAAUCUGUGUUGUGUUCACUGCAGCACAGACGUGAGCUCUUACUGGAAUUGUUUAAUCGGUUUGACUUUUUUUUUUUUUUAAUUAAAGCUUUUUUGGAGCUUGCUGUUA